AUGUUCUCCGCUGCAAGCAACUUCUUCCGCAGGCGGCCCGUGGCUGUGGCUGACCCCGCGAUCUCUGAUUCUUCUAGCACUUACGAGGUGCCCUUGUACACAAACGCAGCUUACUAUCCGAACUGGAGGAUUUAUCGGAAGCAACCUCCCUCCUCUUUGCGAUUGGGGUUUAUUUCUCAUGUAUUCUACUCAUUUGCUUGGGUUAAAGAAGAUGGAACUGUCUAUUUGAGCGAUGAGUGGGCUGAUACUCAAAUGCCAGUGGAUGGGACUGAAGGAUGCUUACGAGCUUUUGUCCAAUUAAAGCAACAAUACUCCCAAAUGCGAGUGAUUCUUUCUGUCGGUGGUGGAGGCAAAGGUAGCGAGCACUUCGCGGCCGUUGCCCACAGUCGGUCUCGCUCGGAGACAUUUGUUCGCACGGCGCGGCAAUUGGUUGAUCAAUUUGGUCUGGAUGGUAUCGAUAUCGAUUGGGAACACCCUGCCGACUCCAAGCAAGGAAAAGAUUAUGUCCGUCUUCUCGCUCGCUUACGUGAAGUACUACCAGCUCCACGAUAUGUCCUAGCCACUUGUCUUCCCGCGGGUCAAUGGGCUCUCCAACAUAUUGACCUCUCCGCGGUCCAGCAGUACUUGGACAUGAUGAACUUGAUGACAUAUGAUUUUGCGGGGCCAUGGGAAUCGGAGACUGGUCAUCAGUCCCAAUUAUAUGGAACCCCUACCUCGUGUUAUCUAUCGGUAUCAUAUGUAUUAUCACAAGGAGUACCCUCUCGCAAACUUAUUCUUGGGAUUCCAACAUAUGGGCGAUCAUUCCUGGAUAGCAAUGGACCUGGGCAAAGAUACACUAGCUGCGGUGGUGAAGAUGGAGUUUUCGACUACUGUGAUCUGCCACGCCCAGAAUCCCAAGAAGUGCUCGACAAUCAAGCGGGUGCUGCUUAUUGUGUUGGUGGAGAUGGUGGAUUUGUAACCUAUGACAUUCCUGCAACAGUACAACAGAAAGCGCAAAUGGUGACGACGGCAAAACUGGGCGGUCUCUUUUACUGGCACAUAUGCUCUGACUCUCGAGGUCCUCGGAGCCUUAUUGAAACUGGUUAUAACACCCUACACGAUAUGUAG